AUAGGAAGAAUUAACCAAACCUGUAACCAAACAUUUUUAGGUUAACGAGUAACAAUGUGUGUGUGAAUGGUCUUGAUUUUUGUAGGUGAAUUCUAAAUAGUUUUCUAAAUAAUUAAAUUGAAACUUUUUCUUGAAAUGUACGUAAUUUCUCUAAUACACCAUGGUUGAUAUAAAAAGUUCCUUAUCCGAUUAUUUGCUUGUCACUAAGAAAUUAUCUGGUUCAGAAAAUGAAGAAAAAAACAAGGACGUUUGGGACCUUUAUUGUUGUGUAGCAUGCGAAGAUAAUUGGAAGAUCUUUUUUGAUCAGUCAUUUGAUAAAAGUCAACUGAAAAUUCACUUCAGUUCACUAACAGAAGAUGAACGCAUAAAAAUUUUCAAGUUUGGUAUAUCUUGUAUUAUAUGUUUCGUGCAGAUCAAUUUCACAGGACCAGAUUUCAGUAACACCGUAGAAGAUUUUCUUAAAAAAGACAUUUUCGAACCUUUUUCCUUUCAUAAACUUUUGUCUGUUAAUAACGAAGAUAUAAAUGUGAAUACUAAGUCACCAUCACUAUUAGUGGUUUCCAAGCUAAUUUUCGAAUGUUGCCCUGUUGAUAAUAACAUCAAUAAUUGGUGGUACUGGAGAUCAAUUUUAAUUCACCAGCAAAUUCUAGACGAAUUGAGUCCAACUCUCCGUUCAGAUGCCGAUCGCCUCUACAAGCAUUUCCAAGUUGAUCCCAAAAUAAAUGGAGUGAUAAAAGCCUCGCUUGAUAUUGAAGUUGCUCAGUUAUACUUACUAUUUAGACAUGUCUCAAAGGCUAAGGAUCAUAUUUUAGCAGCCAGUGCCUUACUUGGAGUUCGAUAUGAUCUAGUAGGGGUCCUUGGGAAACGUACAAAAUAUCAAGAAAAAGAACUAGCUCAAUUAUCUCUAAAAGUAACUCUAGAAAAAAAUGAACAAGAAGAUGGAUCUGAAGGAGAUGACCACAAUGUACCAAAAAAUAUUUCUUUGAAUGAUGAUACUCGUCUGGACUCCAUAGAACUUUCAGAGCCUGAUGCCGAAAAUGCUAGAAUAGCAAACUCUGAGCAGAAAUUAUUCAUCAAUAUUGUCCAAGAAAUGUUGAUUGCCAAACCCCAGGAUGAGUUACAAACAGAAGAAUUGCAGCCUUUUGUAAAUAUGGUCCUAAAGCAAAAAAAUAGUUAUGCAGUCAGAAUAGCUGCUUUGUUGUUGAGGUGCAAGCUAGAAAUGAAAAAUAAAAGGACAGUCGAAAGGUCCUUGAGUCAAUGUGAAGAAAUAAUCAACAGUUUCAAAAAGGAAGAGCCUCCUGUAUUGAAGAGGAUAGCAGAUGUGUUUGCUACUGGCAUGCCACCUAUUUGGAAAGUUGAGAAACAACAUGCAGAUUUAUUGUUGAAUUUAGGAUUGGUCAAAAAUGCGCUUGAUAUAUUCCUGAAAAUUAAAAGGUGGGAGGAGGUCAUAGUGUGCUACACAAUUCUAGAAUUGAAACACAAAGCUGCUGAAAUUAUCCAGGAACAACUAAAGGAAAACCCCUCUGUUAAACUCUGGUGUCUUUUGGGAGAUGCUACCGAAGAUGUAAGCUGUUAUGAAAAGGCUUGGGAAUUGUCUAAACGCCGAAGUCAUAGGGCUCAACGUCAUUGGGGUAACUAUUUGUUUGUUAGAAAACAAUAUGAGGAAUGCAUUCCACAUUUUGAAAAGUCUGUCAGUAUAAAUCCUUUGCAAUCCAAUGUGUGGUCUCGUCUCGGUUUUGCUGCUCUCCAGAUAGAAAAUUGGCAAACGGCUGCUACAGCUUAUAGACGGUAUACUAACUUGGAACCUGAUGGAUUUGAGGCUUGGAACAACCUUGCUCAAGCUUAUAUUAAAAUAGGAAAUAAACGGAAUGCUCAUCAGGCAAUUCUGGAAGCUCUGAAAUGCAAUUUCGAUAACUGGAAAGUAUGGGAAAACCUUUUGUUAGUAAGUUGUGAUAUUUCAAACAUUUCCGAUGUGAUUAGAGCUUAUCAUAGGUUAUUAGAUCUAAAGGGAGACUAUAUAAAUGUUGAUGUAUUGAAUGUGUUAGUGUACAAUGUAUGUAAUAAUGUGAAUGAUUGUGAGGGGCAGCCGUCACAACGUUUUUUACAAAAAACCAGGGAAUUGUUAGGGCGAGUUAAUUCUAUCUCUCCCAGCAAUGGCUAUAUAUGGGAACUCUAUGCCAACUUAGCUCCGUCGAUUUUGUUGCGCGCUCAGAGACUUCAGAGAGCUUACAGAGGCUAUACCCAAGGUUCGUGGGAUAAAGAUCCAAAAAUGUGUAAACAUGUGUUGUAUGUUUGUGUUAAAUUAGCAGAAAUUGUACUUGAAAGUGAUAUGGAUCCCAAAGACACUAUAAUAAAUUCCAUUAGGUUGAAUAUAAGUUCUGCAAUCACAGCUAUAAAGAAACAUGAAUGGGAGGAUACUCGAGAAUCACUCACUCAGGUGUCGGGCCUUUUUGAAAAAAUCCUUGGAAAAGUUAAGAUGGAAGCCAAGUCUGGUAAAAGUAAUUAGAUGAUUUUUAUUUUAAUUGUGUGAUGCAUUUUCAUUAAAAUUUUUAUUUCAAAUAUC